AUGCUCGCGCUGUCUGCUUUCACCCGCUCGUUCCUCUCCGCCCUAGCCCGCCCAAUGGCUGCCAGCACCGACGGGCAGAGCGAGACAGAGAAGGAGCCAGAGAGACAAGAGCAGACGCAGGCAGUGGCGCGCUGCCGCUCGCUGUGCUUCGCUUGGACCAGGCAGAGGCCCCUCCCCUCGCCCAGGGGAAAACAAGUUGACCCGCACAGAGAGAGAGAGAGAGAGAGAGAGAGAGAGAGAGAGAGAGAGAGAGAGAGGACAACAAAGGGAACGAUAAUAAAAUCUGACGUUCGCAACUGGUCUACCCCUCUGUGCAAUCUCAUCUCUCUGUUUGUGUUUGUUGGCGCGUUUCGUCGCACAAACGGUGAUUUCUUGAAUCCGCUGGCGCGCCUCUUCCCUAUGCGGUUCGCUCUCUACCCCACACACACACACUCUCUCUCUCUUUCGUUCUCUCUCUUUCUCUCUCUCUCUCUCUCUCUCUCUCUCUCUCUCUCUCGGGCUCUCGCUCAUCCUCUCUCCCACACAGCAUGCAUGUCCCUUGGCUCUCUCAUGAAUGAUGUUGAGAACACUGGUUCUUUUGGCAACUGUGGCAUUGGCUACACUCUGCCCACCCAUCGAUUACGUAACCGACCUCUCUCUGCCGCUCAAUUUCUCUCUCUCUCUCUCUCUCUCUCUCUCUUCCUCUCUCUCUCUUUUUUUUCCUUUGUCCAACUGUUCAAAAUGGCAUCCCGUGAGGCUGGCAAGCGCGUCUUUGACUUUGCGGCCAUGGUGGCCCGUGUGCCCGCCAGCGCCCGCGCUGACGUGACGGCCCUGCGCAACGCCUACUUGGCCGUUCAGAGCAGGCAAGUGCAGCACACCCCAGUAUCGCGCUCGCAUACCAGCGGCAUAGUUCAGUCCCGAGACAGGCCCCUGGCCAAGACUGUCGCCCAGCCCGAGCCCAUUGACUGGGCGCACUACAAGAGCGUCAUCAACGCCACUGGCUACGUUGAUGAGAUCAAGAAGGCCUACGACAGCAUCAAGGUUGAGUAUCCGGCCGACACCGUGUCGGACCAGAUUUCUCAGGAGCAGAAGGCUGCCGAGACAGAGGCUCAGCAGGUCAUUGCCAAGGCUGAUGCCCGCAUUGCCGAGCUCAAGGCCCAGCUUGAGUCGAUCAAGAGCGAGAAGCCCGUGGCUGAUGUCACUGUUGACGAGUUCCUGGCGGACAAGCCCGAGUGGCAGCGCGAGAUUAAGGCUGAAAUUGCCCAGCACAAAGAAAGAGAGAGAGAGAGAGAGAGAGAGAGAGAGAGACGGGACGCGAUGGCGGGUCACGCCAGCGUUGGCAUGCAGCUGGAUCGGUUCCAGGAGGCUGACACCUUCAAGGCCCAGCUGGCGGAAUGGCUGGACCACCUUGAAACGCUCAACCGAUACCAGGAGCAGCCCCAUCUGCUCAACAACCACCUUGACGACAUUGUCAAGGCGCUGCUCGACUUUGUGCGCCAGGCACGCACGUGUGCCGUCCCUGGCGUUCACCUCGUCUUCAAACUGCUUUAUGUCAUUUGCAAAGUUCGCGGCCCCAAGGCCAUGACUCGCCGCUUUAGCCAUCAAGUUGAAGACCUCCACCUCAUCAUGCUUCUCAUCGCCGAACAGCGGCCCGACGAGCACGAUGUUUGGACAACCCGCUACGUUCUGCUCCUCUGGCUCAGCCUUGUGGUUCUGCUGCCGUUUGAUAUUGCGGUCCUCGAUGCCUCGGGCGCUCUGCCCCACCGCAUCUUCUCCCUCUGCCAGCAAUAUCUCGGCGUUGCCGAUACAGCACGCGAUGCUGCCGCUCUGCUAACAGCACGCUUUGUUACUCGCCCCGACAUGGUGGCAAGCCACUUGCCCAAGUUUGUCGAUUGGGGUCUGGAAAACCUGACGGCGUCCCAUGCCGGUGGAAAUGCUCUCCUACAAACUGGCAUUCUUGCCGCACUGGCUCGUGUUUUCAAAAUUGGCCAACGCAGCCAUCUUCUCCCAUACACCGGGCAGGUGCUCGAGAAUGACGGCUUUGUGGCCUUGCUUGACAGUCCCCACAUUGUUGUGCGCAAGCUUGUCAUGAAGCUAAUUCAACGAGUGGGCAUGUGUCUUUUGCCCCCGCGCGUGGCGGCCUGGCGCUACCAGCGUGGCAAUCGCAUCUUGGCUCAAAACCUCCAGUCUGCGGGCGUGCAAGUGCCCUCGGCUCAGCCCCCAGCCUCACCUGCCGACGACAACAGCAAGGGUCAUGACGCCAACGGUGAUGAUGACGAGGAUGAUGAUGAUGCUUACGACGUACCUGAUGAGAUGGAGGAAAUCAUCGAAUACCUGCUAAAUGGUCUCAAAGACACAGACACCAUCGUACGGUGGUCCAGUGCCAAAGGGUUGGGACGCGUCACAAAUCGCCUGCCCAAGGAGCUCGCUGAUGAAGUGGUGGAAUCCAUCUUGGAACUCUUCUCCCUCCAGCACUCCGAUGCAGCUUGGCAUGGCGGGUGCCUGACGCUUGCUGAACUGGCACGACGAGGCCUGUUGCUUCCCGAGCGGCUCCCAGACAUUAUGCCACUCGUGCGGCGGGCGUUGGUCUACGACGUCUUUGUCGGCGUCAACAGCGUAGGCGCGCAUGUACGUGAUGCGGCCUGCUACGUAUGCUGGGCCUUUGCUCGAGCCUAUGCUCCGGCAGUUUUGCACGACUACACAGAUGCACAGGCCGCAAGCCUGUUAACGGCGGCGCUCUACGAUCGUGAGAGCAACGUACGCCGCGCAGCGGCGGCGGCCCUGCAGGAGAACGUGGGCCGUCUCGGGACCAUUCCCCACGGAAUUGCCCUGAUUGGCAAAAUUGACUUUUUUGCUGUUGGCAACCGACGGGCAACGUGCACCACUCUGACCGCUUUUGUGGCUCAGUUCCCCGAGUACCAAGCUGCGCUUGUCGAGCAUGUGGCUGAGGUUAAACUAUGUCAUUGGGACCCGGCCAUUCGUGCUGGCGCAGCAACGGCACUCCGCAAGCUGGCGCAGCAGUGCCCGGAGCUGGUGCGCGCACGUCUCGACGGCACGGUGCUGACUCGCACGGCCUCCUUGGACCUCAACACUCGCCACGGGGCCUUGCUGGGUUUGGGCCAAGCUCUGGUGGGCUUGGCUCGUGAGGCUGCAGGUCAGACGGAGCGGGAGGACUUUGAGACGGAGAUUGAGGACGAGGGCGAAGGUGUUGAGCGUGCUGCAGAUGUGGUUGUCGAACCCGAUGCCGGCGUCUUGCCCGAGCUACCAGCCUAUGACCUCCCACCGGAGCUGGGCCUGCGGGUGCGGGAGAUUGUUGCAGAUUACACCGACAAAGGCUACUUUCGCGGCCUCUCUGGGACAUACUUGCGGCACGCGAUGUGCACCUGUCUCCGUGACCUGGCGCACGCACAUGUCUCGCUGCCUUCUGAAGUUGUGCAGGCGUGGCUGACAUUUUCGGUGGAUAAUCUGGUGGUCAGCGACGAGCGGGUGCAAACGGCGGGUUUAGAGUGCUUCCUCGCCUUGACCAGGCGAUACGUGCACGCGGCGACAACCACAUCAGGCUUGCGGGACUGGUUCAACGCCGAGGUGGUACCGCGCUUGCGUGGCUAUCUGGCCACGAGCGAUGGCAACAGGGUCGCGGGCGGCGGUGGCAGCGCCCCUGUCUACACGCGCCUUGGUCCGGCCCAAGCGCUAGGAGCAUUGGACUGGACCUUACUAUCAGACGUGGACGCCACGAUCGCCGCAUUGGUGGGAGCCGCCACGGUUGCAGAUGGCGUGGAGUCGCUCGCGCCCGCACGAGCAGCCGCCGUGACGGCCAUUACCACAGCGCUGGUCUGUUCGGAUCACCGGGCCGUUCUUGCCAUGGCAUUGCGGCUGCGCCGCUUGCUGGCCCCGGUGCUAGUUGGACUUGACGACUAUGCAGUGGACUCGCGAGGCGAUAUUGGAUCGCUCGUGCGCCGGGCGGCCAUCACGGGGCUGGGACAAUUUGUGCCCAUGUGGAUGAGUGCUACCGUGCCGGCGCCGGUCGCUGCCGUGGUGGAAGAGGCACUUGUCCAGGGUCUGGGCAAGGUGCUACGGCAGACGGUCGAGAAGAUUGACCGCGUGCGCAUGCUUGCGCUGGAUACGUUGCAAAGCUUGCUGCAGGCAUGUGUCGUGAGCCCGAGGUCGGUCGACACGGCAGCCUGGGCGGCGCUACGCGAGGCCGUGCACAGCAUUCAACAGGUGCGGGAGGCGCAUGCGGAUCAUCUGGUGGAGGAAGACACGGUGAGCACCUACCGGGAGUUGGUGGGACUGCUGGAUCAUGCGGUUUGGCGGCGGGAGCUGCUGCUCGGCCUUUGCGUCACAAUUGGCGGAUUGACAGAGUCGCUGAUUCGCGAUGCAACGGUCAGCCUGGUGGGCUACUUUGAUGCGCGUGUGGGCACGCCGGAGGGUGAGGCGCAGGCUGCAGCCGUGCUGCAGGAGCUCGUUUCCACGGCUCGGACCUUUGAAGUCGCGGAUAGCCGUUUGGUGUUUGCGUGGCUUGAUACGGUGCUGUGCGUGCUGAACAAUGGAUGUUGUGACCAGUGGCUCGCCGAAACGUCCGGUGGACCGGCGACCACCGUACUCCCGGACAUUUAUGCUUUGGUCAAGGGCUGGGCGCAGGGGAGCAGCAACCCAAAGCUGCUGUUGCGCGUGGUCCGUGUCUUGGGGGCGCUUUUGCCCUUUGCAGCGAGCACGGAAGAUGCGGUGCGAACGCUGGGCUUCUUCCUGUGCCACCGCUUUCCCAAAGUGCGACGAGUAUCCGCCGAGGUCUUCUACUUGGGGCUCCAAAACUUGCCCGACGCGCUGGCGCGCAUGCCUGACGUCCUUCGGGGCCAACUGCUGGCCACAGCCUGGGAUGAUGCGCCGAUUGAGGAUGUGCGGGCGCUGCGCAACCUGCUGCUGCUGCAUUUUGGACUGCCACCGCCCAAGACCAAGGCGCGCACGGCGACGAGCAAGAGCGGCCAGGAACCCAAGCCGCCAACCAAUGAGCUCAACUCGUAUCGAGACCUGGUCGAGAGAGCUGGUUACUAGCUCAUGCCGUUCAUCCCCUCAUUCCCUCUCCCUAAAUUAAAAGGUGUAACCGA